GGUGGUAAGGAUUGGAGAGGAGGUCGUUGCGCCGAAGCCAACAUCAUCCCUGCCUCUACCGGUGCCGCUAAGGCCGUCGGUAAGGUUAUUCCAUGCCUUAACGGUAAGUUGACUGGUAUGGCCUUCCGUGUUCCCACUCCUGAUGUGUCUGUUGUCGAUCUUACCUGCCGUCUCGAGAAGGCCGCCACCUAUGACGAUAUCAUUGCUGCAGUUAAGGAGGCCUCCGAGGGCGAUAUGAAGGGUGUCAUGGGUAUCACUUAUGAUGAUGUUGUCUCCACUGAUAUGAUCCAUGACAAGCGCUCAUCCAUCUUCGAUGUUAAGGCCGGUAUCGCUCUUGACGACCACUUCGUUAAGCUCGUCUCGUGGUACGAUAACGAGUGGGGAUAUUCCAACCGCCUCGUUGAUCUCGCCGUUUACAUGAACAAGGUCGAUUCUCAGUAG